AAAAAGGGGGAAAAAAAGGAGGAGGAGGAGGGUGAGAGAGAAGCUCGGAGAGCAGAGAAAAGGGGGCACCGGCACCCCCCCCGCUUCCCUGCACGCGCUCGCUGCCCGCCUGCCGCGGUCACCCCGGGCUUCGUCCCUCUCUGUUUCUCCCCGCGCGAGGCGAUCCGAGCGAGGAGCGAGGCCCCGCCGGGGGCGGCCAUGCGGCGGUGACAGGAGCACGGUCGAGACGCACGGGCCCCCCUCGCCCUCUCACCUCCACCCCGUUCGCCAGCUCGCCUCAGCCGAGGCCCCUCCGGCCUACACCCGCUUGCUGUCCGCAUCCCCCCCUCCCCGACCCUCCCGGGCUGCACUUCGGGAAUCAUGGCCCAAGUAGCGAUGUCCACACUGCCUGCUGAAGACGAGGAGUCCUCGGAAAGCAGGAUGGUGGUGACGUUCCUCAUGUCUGCCCUGGAGUCCAUGUGUAAAGAGUUGGCCAAGUCCAAGGCUGAGGUGGCCUGCAUCGCCGUGUAUGAGACGGAUGUGUUUGUUGUUGGAACUGAAAGAGGACGCGCUUUUGUCAAUACCAGAAAAGAUUUCCAAAAAGAUUUUGUAAAAUAUUGUGUUGAAGAAGAAGAAAAGGCUGCAGAGAUGCAUAAGAUGAAAGCUACAAGCCAGGCGAAUCGGAUGAGUGUGGAUGCUGUCGAAAUUGAAACACUCAGAAAAACGGUGGAGGAUUAUUUCUGUUUUUGCUAUGGAAAAGCUUUAGGCAAGUCCACAGUGGUCCCUGUGCCCUACGAGAAGAUGCUACGUGACCAGUCGGCUGUGGUGGUGCAAGGGCUCCCUGAGGGCAUUGCCUUCAAGCACCCUGAACAUUACGACCUUGCAACUUUGAAGUGGAUUCUGGAGAACAAGGCAGGGAUCUCAUUCAUCAUUAAGAGACCUUUCCUGGAGCCGAAGAAACUCCUUGGUGGCCGAAUGAUGGCAUCAGAUACUGAGAGGACCAUCCUGUCGCCUGGUGGAAGCUGUGGCCCCAUCAAAGUGAAAACUGAGCCCACAGAAGACUCUGGCAUUUCUCUGGAAAUGGCCGCUGUGACAGUGAAGGAAGAGUCAGAAGACCCAGAUUACUAUCAGUAUAACAUUCAAGCAGGCCCUUCUGAAACUGGUGAUGUUGAUGAAAAGCUCCCCCUUUCGAAGGCUUUGCAAGGGAGCCAUCAUUCUUCAGAAGGCAACGAAGGAACAGAAGUGGAAGUGCCAGCAGAAGAUUCUACUCACCAUGUCCCUUCAGAAACAAGUGAGGACCCUGAAGUUGAGGUGACCAUUGAAGAUGACGAUUACUCCCCGCCCACCAAGAGGCCAAAGAGCAGUGAGCCACCCCCGCCUCCACCGGUCCCAGAGCCCGCCAAUGCUGGCAAGCGCAAAGUGAGGGAGUUCAACUUCGAGAAAUGGAAUGCGCGCAUCACUGACCUGCGGAAGCAGGUUGAGGAGCUGUUUGAGAGAAAAUACGCUCAAGCUAUAAAAGCCAAAGGUCCGGUGACGAUCCCAUACCCUCUUUUCCAGUCCCAUGUUGAAGAUCUUUAUGUAGAAGGGCUUCCCGAAGGGAUUCCUUUUAGAAGGCCAUCGACAUACGGCAUUCCUCGCCUUGAGAGGAUAUUGCUGGCCAAGGAGAGGAUCCGCUUUGUGAUUAAGAAACAUGAGCUUCUGAACUCUACACGAGAAGACUUACAGCUGGAUAAGCCAGCGUCUGGAGUGAAGGAAGAGUGGUAUGCACGGAUCACCAAGCUGAGGAAGAUGGUAGACCAGCUUUUCUGCAAGAAAUUUGCUGAGGCCUUGGGGAGCACAGAAGCCAAGGCUGUACCAUACCAAAAAUUUGAGGCCCAUCCCAAUGACCUCUAUGUGGAAGGACUUCCAGAAAACAUUCCUUUCCGAAGCCCCUCGUGGUAUGGAAUCCCAAGACUGGAAAAAAUCAUCCAAGUGGGCAAUCGAAUUAAAUUUGUUAUCAAAAGGCCAGAACUCCUGACUCACAGUACAACUGAAGUGACUCAGCCACGGACGAACACGCCAGUCAAAGAAGAUUGGAAUGUCAGAAUCACCAAGCUUCGCAAGCAGGUGGAAGAGAUCUUUAAUUUGAAGUUUGCUCAAGCUCUUGGCCUCACAGAGGCAGUGAAGGUGCCCUAUCCUGUAUUUGAAUCAAAUCCAGAGUUUCUGUAUGUGGAAGGGCUGCCUGAGGGGAUCCCCUUCCGAAGCCCCACCUGGUUUGGGAUUCCACGCCUGGAGAGGAUUGUCCGUGGGAGCAAUAAGAUCAAGUUUGUCGUUAAAAAGCCUGAGCUAGUUGUGUCCUACCUGCCUCCCGGGAUGGCCAGCAAGAUCAACACGAAAGCACUGCAGUCCCCAAAGCGACCACGAAGCCCUGGGAGCAACUCCAAGGUCCCUGAGAUUGAGGUCACUGUGGAAGGCCCCAACAACAACAGCCCUCAGACCUCCACCGUUCGAACUCCAACCCAGACCAACGGUUCAAAUGUUCCAUUCAAGCCUCGAGGGAGAGAGUUUUCCUUUGAGGCCUGGAACGCCAAGAUCACUGACCUGAAGCAGAAGGUGGAAAACUUGUUCAAUGAAAAAUGCGGGGAAGCCCUUGGCCUUAAGCAGGCUGUGAAAGUGCCAUUCGCGCUGUUCGAGUCCUUCCCGGAAGACUUCUAUGUAGAAGGCCUACCCGAGGGGGUGCCUUUCCGAAGACCCUCCACAUUUGGCAUUCCGAGGCUGGAGAAGAUACUCCGGAACAAGGCCAAGAUAAAGUUCAUCAUUAAAAAACCUGAGAUGUUUGAGACGGCCAUCAAAGAGAGCACCUCUUCCAAAAGCCCUCCGAGGAAGAUAAACUCAUCACCCAACGUUAAUACUACUGCAUCAGGUGUGGAAGACCUUAACAUCAUUCAGGUGACAAUUCCAGGUACGAUUUCUGCCUGCCUCGUGGACUCUGUCAGACUCCAGAACCUGUUUCCGGGCUGCUUCCUAUUCCCAGCGGCAGCUCAUGUAGUGCAGCUUCUCUCUGUCAGCCUGGCUGCACAGCACUGGACCAUGUUAGGUGCCCUGCUUGAUGGCCAGGGUCAAAAUCUAAUCGGGUUGCUGCUGGACUUUGUGUGUGAUUGCUUUGAAGAGGACUCUUACGGUCACGCUGGUCCCUGUGCUCUUUGUCUCGCUGCAGGUGAAGCUAUUGGGAUGGGCUUCCCUGUGAAGGUUCCCUACAGGAAAAUCACCAUCAACCCCGGCUGCGUGGUGGUGGACGGCAUGCCCCCCGGGGUGUCCUUCAAGGCCCCCAGUUACCUGGAGAUCAGCUCCAUGAGGAGGAUCCUGGACUCUGCUGAGUUUAUCAAGUUCACUGUCAUUAGACCAUUUCCAGGACUUGUGAUUAAUAACCAGCUGGUUGAUCAGAAUGAACCCGAAGGCCCUGGGAUGCAAGAGUCCACUGAGGCGAGCCAGUUGGAAGUUCCAGCAACAGAAGAAAUUAAAGACACGGAUGGGAGCUCACAGAUCAAGCAGGAGCCAGACCCCACGUGGUAGACCGCGUCUCCAGGCUCAGCUUCCGGCGUGAGUGGUGGAGAGCUUUCGGACGCGCCCUGCCAGCUCUGUAAUAUACUGUAUAACAGAAAUACCUUCUAUACAAACCUUCUUUUCUACUUCUAGAUAGAAAUGUCUACUUUCUCAGCAGUCCUGUGAAUCGAACUGCGCAGCGUGAUGAGGUGCGCGUGCCUGGCUGGCUUGGGAAUGCACUAGAAGGAUUUCGCAGCGGUGCUGGAGAGAGAUAGGGAAUGGCAGGGACGACUUUUAGAUUUUUUUUUUUAUAUAUAUAAAUGCGUUGGGCAGAGCCUUGGGCUGCGGUGGUAUUCCAGUCAGUGGAGAUGUUCCUCCUGGGCAUCUUGGCUUCUGCAGCCAAGAAAACCCCUGUGCUAGGCAGUGCUUUAGUUUUUCUAUUGAAAAUCAUUUCCGUGACCUUGCACUCGGCUCCCCUUCCGGCCUGAGGGAGGGCUGCUGUCUCUCCGUCUGACUGGGGCCUUCACCUGAGCUACAUCAUGGUUCCUCUGUUUUGACGUAAUUAAAAGCCAGGCCAGCCAGUGAGCAGCCAGCGUCUCCGCGUAGAGGAUGCUCUCGGAGCCUCUUGCACCCUUACUUUGCGGCAAGUAAAUAUCUGGGUGUACCCUGAAGAGGCCGGAGGUCAGGUGUGCUUGCUGUAGCAGCUGGAUGACUCGGCCUCCCCACCUGGGACCCACAGUGGCCUGGGGGUGCUGUGGGGCGCAGCUCUGAGCUGGCUGAGUCAGGCUGGGGUGUGGGGAGAGUCGGGCAAGUUCUCGCACCUCGGUGUUCCCACCCUAAGGCCUGAAAGCGGAGGCUCGCAGACGACGCAGCUGUAUAAAGUACCAGCUCUCAGAAGGUAGAGGAUGCGAAGGCACAGUUGGCAGUAGCGUCACCACGGUGUUCACAAUGGGAAAUUAUAUCACACGGUAGCAGAGAUAGGCAUUUUUAUGUGUUCCUUAUAUUUUACCUCAAAUUGUAGAUAUAGGGUAAUAAAUAAAAUCCAUCCAUGCCUUUCACAUGCAAA